AUGGGUAAAGAGAAGCAACACGUUAACGUCGUCGUCAUCGGACACGUCGAUUCCGGAAAGUCCACCACCACUGGACACUUGAUCUACAAGUGCGGUGGUAUCGACAAGCGUACCAUCGAGAAGUUCGAGAAGGAGGCUGCUGAGCUCGGAAAGGGUUCCUUCAAGUAUGCCUGGGUGCUUGACAAGCUCAAGGCCGAGCGUGAGCGUGGUAUCACCAUCGAUAUCGCCCUCUGGAAGUUCGAGACCCCCAAGUUCAUGGUUACCGUCAUUGAUGCCCCAGGACAUCGUGAUUUCAUCAAGAACAUGAUCACCGGUACUUCCCAGGCUGAUUGUGCUAUCCUCAUCAUCGCUGGUGGAACCGGUGAGUUCGAGGCUGGUAUCUCCAAGGAUGGCCAGACCCGCGAGCACGCCCUUCUCGCCUUCACCCUCGGUGUCCGUCAGCUCAUCGUCGCUGUCAACAAGAUGGACACCACCAAGUGGUCCGAGGAUCGUUUCAACGAAAUUAUCAAGGAAACCUCCAACUUCAUCAAGAAGGUCGGUUACAACCCCAAGACUGUUGCCUUCGUCCCCAUCUCUGGAUGGCACGGAGACAACAUGUUGGAGGAGUCCACCAACAUGCCCUGGUACAAGGGUUGGUCUCGUGAGACCAAGGCUGGUGUCGUCAAGGGCAAGACCCUCCUCGAUGCCAUCGAUGCCAUCGAGCCCCCCGUCCGUCCUUCCGACAAGCCUCUCCGCCUCCCCCUCCAGGAUGUCUACAAGAUCGGUGGUAUUGGCACAGUGCCCGUCGGACGUGUCGAGACCGGUAUCAUCAAGGCUGGAAUGGUCGUCAGCUUCGCUCCUUCGAACGUCACCACUGAAGUCAAGUCCGUCGAAAUGCACCACGAGCAGCUUGAGCAGGGUAACCCUGGUGACAACGUCGGCUUCAACGUCAAGAACGUCUCCGUCAAGGAUAUCCGCCGUGGAAACGUCGCCUCUGACUCCAAGAACGACCCCGCCAAGGAGGCCGCUUCUUUCAACGCCCAGGUCAUCGUCCUCAACCACCCUGGUCAAAUCGGUGCUGGUUACGCCCCCGUCCUCGAUUGCCACACUGCCCACAUUGCUUGCAAGUUCUCUGAGCUCAUUGAGAAGAUUGAUCGCCGUACCGGUAAAUCCAUUGAAAACUCCCCCAAGUUCGUCAAGUCUGGUGAUGCCGCCAUCGUCAAGCUCGUUCCUUCCAAGCCCAUGUGCGUUGAGUCUUACAACGAGUACCCUCCUCUCGGUCGUUUCGCCGUCCGUGACAUGAGACAGACCGUUGCCGUCGGUAUCAUCAAGUCCGUCGACAAGACCGAGAAGGCUGGCAAGGUCACCAAGUCCGCUGAGAAGGCUGCCAAGAAGAAGUAA